AUGGCGGAGGAGAAGUUAUGGUAUGGGGAUUCAUAUUCCGGUGCUGAUAAUGUAGAGUUUAUAGAUGGUGUUAUGGAUCAGUUGCUGUUGAAGCCAAAAUUCAGCCGCAUCGAGAAGAUCAAGACAAUUGGUAGUACAUACAUGGCUGCUGCUGGCCUACAACCGGGCAGAGAAGAAAAUGGGGAUCAGUCUCGUCAAGGCCAUAAUCUGGUUGCUCUCACAGAAUUCGCAAUCGCUUUGAUGGCCCUUCUCGAUCAGAUUAAUCGGGAGUCUUUCCAGAGGUUUCGACUCCGAGUCGGUAUCAACAACGGGCCUGUCAUCGCCGGAGUCGUGGGAGCCCAGAAACCGCAGUACGACAUCUGGGGCAACACUGUGAAUGUAGCCAGCAGAAUGGACAGUUGCGGAGUCAUGGGUAAAAUUCAGGUCACUGAAGACACUGCCAAGACACUGAUGGAGCAUAACUACGAUUGCGAAUGCCGAGGAACAAUCUAUGUGAAGGGCAAAGGCAAUCUAACGACCUACUUCGUAAGAACUCAAUUCGAUAGAAGUGGAGUAACGGACUGAAACCUGAAGAUACAGAGAGAGAAUGUGGUGAUCUACAGAAGCGAUAUCAGAAGAUGCAGUUAGUUGUGAGAGUCUGGUAAUCCAACUAGGUUUAGCAACUCGUUCAACCGAGUUGCUUGCACUCGUAGCCUAUGAAAGCUGUCAUUGCAUCUGCUAUGUUUUGCAAAGAUAUAGAUGCAAAGUUGUGACACAGUGUCUAUCCAGACUUUGCUUGAUAUGUUUAUAUUUAAAUAGUUGCUCCAUUUUUAGGUAUAUUGAAAAAUAUUUAAAUAAUUUUUGUAUUAGCGUGAAAAUUUGUUUACUAACCCUUGUUCCCAUCUUUAAUAACAUUUAUUUAUGAAAUCGUUGAUUUGAAAAUUUCUCCCAUUAAAUCUUGUACAAGGUAGAAAACUUGCAGAAGAUGCACACUGGCAACUAAAAGUUGUUUAAGUGGAACUGCAGCAGGUUUAUGGAGGAAGCUGUUUUCUUCUUGCUGUUCGUUUUUCUUUCUUUAGCUACAUUAAGCCCCACUUAAUGUGAUCACUUUUGUCCAUCGUUAUUUCGAUGAAAUUAACGGAAUCAUAACAUAAAGAUGACCAAUAAAUAGCUUUCAAAAUAAAACCGUAAUGUACCUAAUUUAAUAUAUAACUAUAAACAUAAUAUUAAUAGGUACUUUCACUACAUUUUAAUCAAAAAAAUGCAAAAGGUUUU